AUGUUUCUAAACACUCCAAAAAGGGCACCUCGAACGCUGCGCUAUGUGGAAAAAGCAUUCGACCAAGUCAAAGCGAAAAAAAAUGUUCGAGAUGUGGUGAUUCUCAACGAUUCGGGGCAUCCAGUUAAAAGUACAAUGGAAAAAGACGAUACUGUGCAAUUUUCAGGACUUUUCCAGGCGAUUCGGGGAAGAUUGGAACGUGGGAUGAGCAAAAUAGAUCCCACAGAUGAGUUGCUCAUGCUGAGAGUGCGCACUAAAACGAACGAGGUUCUCUUAGUCCCAGACUCCAAAAUAACAGUACUCGUAGUACAAAACGCGCAUGAUAACUUUGAAAAAUAAA